GCUAGAGGCUAGAGUUGUGAGUAGUCAACACAACUUACAGCCAAUGAGUUAAUGUGGCGUUAAUCACCUGUUAAUGUUCUUAAGAAGAAAAGGUAUUGGUUUGUAGGUAACCGUUCGAAAUAUUAAAAAAAUAGAAUUGAAGUCAGGUAGAUAAAAGCCCUGUACAUAUACUUAACUGACUAUGAGAAGUUAAACAAUUUAUAUAGGAGUAUCCUUGAAAUAACAGUGAUUGAUUGGAGUACUUGCAACAUAAGUAUAUAAAACUACAUGUAACAUUUAUUGAUGAAAUGGCAAAUUUAUUGGAAAAUUUAAAUAUCCCACCAUGUAUUUGGUUUGAAGGGGAGGCUCGUAGAAAUUCAACAGUUUCAAUAUUAUCUGGUUUAUUGUUUUUUAUGGGCUGGUGGAUGAUUAUUGAUGCUGCUAGUGUUUAUCCUGGUACUGUAGCAGCAGGAUACCACAUGUGUGGUGUUGUUGGCACACUGUCAUUAGUUAUGGUCAAUUCUGUAACCAAUGCUCAGGUACGAGGGGACUCAUAUGAUGCAGGAUGUUUAGGAUCCCGUGGAGCUAGGAUAUGGCUCUUUCUUGGUUUUGUUAUGGGAUUUGCAUCAGUAAUUGCAGCAUGUUGGAUUCUUUUUGCCGACUUUGUAGGAGCAAAAGAAGCAUCUCAGUGGCCUGGAGUCGCUUUAUUCAUGCAAAAUGCAUUAAUUUUCGUAUCUUCGCUAGUUUUUAAAUUUGGGAGAACUGAAGAUACUUAUUAAUGUAUAGUCUGAGUCGCUGCUGUGUUAAUCUGAAAUUGAUCUUUUCUGAACUAAUCAUGAUUGCAAUUUUUUUUGUUUUAUUUACACACAAAAGGCAUAGAAAUUGUUUCCUUAAUCUUGGAUAGCAUUUGCAUUUUUCUAUGCUUAUGUAAAUAUUUACUGUAUUAAAAGUAAACUGAUUUAAUGUGCCUAACUCUUUUAGGUUUUAAUAUUGUAUUAAGAUAACAAUUUAUAUAGUAUGUGUAUAAUUUUUAAUACUUGAGUAGUGUUAUGAUUUAGUUAUUUAUGAAUGUAUCUAUAAUGUGUAAACCAAUUAAAAAAUUUCCCUACA